AUGCCAAUUAGCCAUUACAUCAAACAGUUCCAAGAUACUUUACUACUAUUUUUCCAAGACUUGGUGAUAAGAUUAUGCACAAUACUUGACGAAGUUCCUUUACUACAUGAGGACAGACACAAAGCCGCUUCCGUGGAGUUGAUAUCUUCAUAUAACACGACUCAUGAGUUUGAAAGUAAUAAUUUUGUAGAAGAAGGGAAUACAUCUUCAGCAGAUUUGAUUUCUAUCUGGAUAUUUGUGGCAACGUGUACAUUGGGUAUUUUGAUAUUGAAAAGGGGAUUGGAUUUUAUUCGAGGAGUUUUGUCAAGCAGUAAUCCUAACAGUUCGGUAAGAGAUAGUGUUAAAAACCAAAACUCAAAGAGACCAAGCACUUCUUCGAUUUAUUAUGAUCUACCUUCAAAUUUGGGGCCAUAUUCAAAACAAAGCUCGCCUGUUAAAAGUAAACAUUUCAUGGAGACCUACAAAGGCAAAGGUCCUGUUUCGUUUCUAUUGGACACUACAACAGGAUCAACAAUGGACGUCGAGCUGGUGAGUAUAGAAGGGAAUCGUUGGACUUAA